GCGCUGGAGAAAGUGGCUGCUGUUGUGGCGGCGGCGGCGGCAGCGUAAAGACGGCGGGCAUGGUGGGGAGGGAGACCGAGCUUUCCAUCCACUUUCUUCCAGGGAAUUGCCGGCUGGUGGAGCUCCUUUACUGGUGACAGAAGGUGCUGUUAGAGUCUCCAGAGAGAACCAUGUGAAGAAAGGAAAAUGAAGCUCUUGCUACCAUGUUUAUACCCAUUGUGAUAAGGGUAAUAAGGUAACUGUUAGAAUUGUAAAACUUAAAGCUGAAAGAGCCUUAGUCAUCUUGUUCAAACACCUCAUUUUACCAAUGAGGAAUUAGAUCAGUAGAAAUGGAGUAACUUCUCAAUACCACAGUUUGUGGCAGAGCAAAGAAAACCUUAAUCAUGCGUUAAAUCAAAUGUGUGUUCAAAGGAUUGAGACAAAAGCCAUUAUGUGUUUGGUUGUCUGGACUAUAGAAGCAAGAAAACCCAGUUUCUGGUCCCAGCUUUUUCAUUUUUACUGUGGGCAAAACCUUUAACAUCUCCAGACUUCAGGUUCCUCACUUUGAAAAUAAUAUCUGCCCUGCUUGUCUCCAGGCUGUUCUUAUGAUCAAAUGGUGUGAUGUAUUGAAAAGCUGUUUAUAUAACACUUGAUAGUUUUCAAAUACAAGAUUGUGCAUAGCAUUCUGUUUUAGUAAAUGCUUGCACUUCAGAUUCCUGCUCUUUUAAUAAAGAAAACUCUUGAGCACUAACAUCUGACUGCUGGGUAUCGUGGACUGUUUCGUGUUUUCCUCCAGGGGCCUUACGAUAUUACCCAGGGUAUGAGAGUAUAAGGUUGCAUACUUCCCUAACAUUAUUUAGAUUUAAGUAUACUACAGUCCCCAAAGAGCCUUGCUUUUCUUAUAACUUAAUACUGCAUUUCAUCAAAUCUAAGAUACUCUUGAUUAUAAGAUCAUCUGGGUUCUUGUUUUAAGAUGCACUAGGAAAGCAAAACAUUGCCAAACUGACAUAUUCCCAAGAGUGUCCCUGUUUCCUUCAUUUAACAGAGAUGUUAAAAUCAGGAAAAACUGCAAAACAGAAUUGAUGAAAUAACACAAAGAUCUUAAUUCACUGUUUAGUAACAUUUGUGGAUUGCAAAAUGCUUGUUCUUUGACUUCUGUGCCUAGUUUUUCUUUUUAAGAGGGAAAGAUAUUGUCACUUCUAGAAAGUUGGACAAUUUUUGGCUUUGUAUGAAUAAGAAAAAUGGAUGUUUAUCAAAGCCUUGAAAUUUAUCUUGGAGUUCAAAGUGCAGUUCCCAAAUCACCAUCAUCAGCAUCACCUGGAAACUUGUUAGAAAUACAAAUUAUCAGGCCCCAGCCCUCACUUCCUGGGCCUGAAAGCCCUUGGAGAUUCUGAUCUCUGAAGUUUGAGAACCAACCAAACCCAAACCAAACCCGAUGCCUUUGAGUCGAUUCCGACUUACAGUGAACUAAAAACGUAUCUAUUCAUUUACUCCUCUAGAGUGAGGUAGAAAGUGAAAAACUUAGAAGAAAUCAAAUCAUAUACCUUUUAAGUAGUUUCCCAGGAUCCUUACAGUAUGUAUCCUGUAUAAAUUGUUUUUCUGAACUGUAUUCCUACUAGACUUGGCAUGUUUUCUCCUCUGUAUAAUUCAGUCUUUGUAGAGCUGUUUUCUUGCCAAAAUUCAAAGAAAAUAUUUUAUUGGCUGAAAUCUUUGUUUUCAUAGAUCAGUUGGCUUAGAGCCAAGUUUCUGCAAUAGAGAGCCCAGAUUAAUUUUCCUUCAACUUUUAAAAUGUUUUGAAAUUGGUUGAGCUAAGGGGGAAUAGCUUUAAGAACUUACCAUUGUGCUGUAUCUCCCUGUCCUUUAUUUCAGGUUUUUCCUCUGGUGGAAAUAACUUGAUUUUGGUGACUUUAUUAUUAUUAUUUCAAUUUUAGAUGUAUAGUCUGGAGGAAGUUAACGUUCCCAGUAGGCGGGUUCUGAUUACUGGUGCCACUGGGCUUCUUGGCAGAGCUGUAUACAAAGAGUUUAAGCAGAAUAAUUGGCAUGCUGUUGGCUGUGGUUUUAGAAGAGCAAGACCAAAAUUUGAACAGGUUAAUCUAUUGGAUUCUGAUGCAGUUCAUCACAUCAUUCAUGAUUUUCAGCCCCAUGUCAUAGUACAUUGUGCAGCAGAGAGAAGGCCAGAUAUUGUGGAAAAUCAGCCAGAUGCUGCUUCUCAACUUAAUGUGGAAGCUUCUAGGAAUUUAGCAAAGGAAGCAGCUGCAAUUGGAGCAUUUCUAAUCUACAUUAGCUCAGAUUAUGUAUUUGAUGGAACAAAUCCACCUUAUAGAGAGGAAGACAUACCAAAUCCCCUAAAUUUGUAUGGCAAAACAAAAUUAGAAGGUGAAAAGGCUGUCCUGGAGAAUAAUUUAGGAGCUGCUGUUUUGAGAAUUCCUGUUCUGUAUGGAGAAGUCGAGAGGCUUGAAGAAAGUGCCGUGACUAUUAUGUUUGAUAAAGUGCAGUUCAGCAACAAAUCAGCAAACAUGGACCACUGGCAGCAGAGGUUUCCCACUCAUGUCAAGGACGUAGCCACUGUGUGUCGUCAGUUGUCAGAGAAGAGAAUGCUGGAUCCAUCAAUUAAGGGAACCUUUCACUGGUCGGGCAGUGAACAGAUGACUAAGUAUGAAAUGGCAUGUGCAAUUGCAGAUGCUUUCAACCUCCCCAGCAGCCACUUGAGACCUAUUACCGACAGUCCAGUGUUAGGAGCCCAGCGUCCAAGAAACGCUCAGCUCGACUGCUCCAGAUUAGAGACCCUGGGCAUUGGUCAGCGAACAUCAUUUCGAAUUGGAAUCAAAGAAUCACUCUGGCCUUUCCUCAUUGACAAGAGAUGGAGACAAACAGUUUUUCAUUAGUUUGUGUGUGUGUGUGUGUGUGUGUGUGUGUUUUUUUUUUUUUUUUUUUAAUGAAAAGUAUGUGGCACUUUUUAACAAAAAAAGGAAAUAGUUUUGUAUGAGUGCUCUUUAAUUGUGACAUUUAUGAUCUUUCAGGUAAAUGAUGCUCUUGCACUAGUGGAACUGUCUAAAGAAACUAAGGGGCACUGAUGCCUUGUUUGAAGUAAUGAUCUUUCUGUUUAUCUUUUUGUUUGUUCUGGCUUAACUUGCUGUUUGAGUGUAAUUAUGAUUCUUAAAUACUUGAGAGCCAAGAUGAAACAGAUCUGCUGUAGACUUUUUGGGGAGGGGGUUGAGGUGGGGUAGAUAAAAUGCAUUGUUUAUGCCUAUAACCUACAUUUUCAGGAUUUUUGCAACAGUUGACCCUUUCAUGUUGAUUGUUUUAAAGUGUGUUGAGUAUGAAAAUCAUUGGUGUUCAUUAUUGCUUUGCUUGAGCUCAGAUCAAAACGUUCAAAGAAAGAAACUUUAUUUUUGCAACUUAAGUACCGUUUUUAUGCCUGAGAUGUUUCAAGAUGUUAUGUAUAAUGGAAUUUUUGCAGCCUGAUGCCUCCUGCUUUGGUAGUGUAUGGUGAGCCCUUGAGAGAGAAUGUGUGUGAGUGUGUAUAUGUGUUGUAUGUAUUUUUUAAAUAUAUAUAUAUAUAUAUAACUCCUUGCCACUCCAUGUUGCUAAGUGACAUUUCAUAUGUGUGGUUGUGCUAAUAACAGGCCUUGUAAGUCUUUUGACCAUUCAUGAAUAAUAAUAAAAAUGUACUGCUGGCAUGGGAAUACUUAGUUUUCUUGUUUUUUUU